GCCGCUGCCUAGGCAACCGCAGAGGCAUGCAUCGGCAGGAAGGAGGGCCCGCCGCCCGCACCGCGCGCUCUGAAGUGAGCAGCGGGGUCCUGAACACCGUCCUGCGCGCUGCUGGGGGAGAAGAGAGGAUUCGAGCGCAGCGCAGCAGACACCGGGCUGCGGCGGAUUCCCGUGACGCUUCAUCGACGCGUUAAAGCCGAGCUCAUCUUCCCGAAGCUGCACCCGACUCAGAGACGGAUUCUAGUUUCUGCAGAGACUUCCGGUUCUUCUCCCACUACCCACAAGAUGCACACGAGUACCAUGUUAGAUCAAUGGGCAGACAUCUCCAGGAUGUGUGAUGUGGACACGUCCUCAGAGCCCACCAGUCCCACCCUGUACGCGGAGUCUCCAGACGAGUACUACCAUGUGGACCGCUGGCAGAAGCUCCGUACAGCCGUGCGCAAGUUGGAGUUCUGGGAAAACUUCCGAGCUGAACUCAUUGGGAGCGGUUUCUUCUCCAGAGUCUACAAGGUGACCCACAGCACCACUUGGAAAGUGAUGGUGGUGAAGAUCUACAAAAAUGAUGUGGACCAGGACAGCAUCGUGCGAGAGAUCAGCCUACUGCAGAAGCUCUCCCACCCCAACGUUGUCAGAUAUCUGGGUAUCUGUGUGAAAGAAGACAAACUGUACCCGAUGUUAGAGUAUGUAAACGGCGGGUGUCUGGAGGAGCUUCUGGCCAGGAAAGAUGUUCCCCUUUGCUGGAGAGAGAAGGUGGACCUGGCUUGUGACAUAAGCAGAGGAAUGAUCUACCUCCACUACAAGAACAUUUACCACAGAGAUCUCAACUCAAAGAACUGUCUGAUCCGGGUGACGCCUCGGGGUCGGGAGGCCCUGGUGACGGAUUUCGGGCUAGCAAGGGAAGUGGUAGAGCUACCUGUGAAAGAUCCUGCCAGGAAGUUGUCAUUGGUGGGUUCAGCCUACUGGAUGGCUCCCGAGAUGCUCCGAGGAGAGCCCUAUGACCGCAAGGUGGAUGUUUUCUCCUUCGGUAUUGUUCUCUGUGAAAUCUUGGCCAGGGUCCCGGCUGACCCAGAGAUCCUGCCCAGAACCCAGGACUAUGGGCUGGAUGUGAAAGCCUUCACUGAGCUGGUCCCUGACUGCCCACAGCGUCUCCUGGAGUUAGCAACUAGCUCCUGUAUGGUGGAGUCGUUCCGGCGCCCAGCAUUCACCGAGCUACUAGACCAGCUGGCGGAAGCUGCUGAAGGACUGGAGCCGCCCCCAACGUCCGACCUACCAGCGAGCUGAGCAGUGUGUGUUCAGCAACAAGGAUUAUUGAUCACUGUGUAGACAGGAAGCCGGAGUGAUCAGGAGUUUAAAGGAAACCGGCCUGAGUAUUGAUGUGCCACCUGCUCCCUGCUUUCUCACUCAGCACAAAGGCACGCCUUGCCUUUACUGAGAACGGUUAGAUGUACGACGGGUUUCCUGAACACUUUGUUACGGUAGCGUACAAAUGAUCAGUAGUUACUCUCUGAGGUAAAUAUCGCUUUAUUUCCUGACUCACAGGGGUCAUCCUCUCUUUUCUCGUUUUACCGUGACUCCUUUGGAAUGAACGACACAGAUUAUCUGAUCUGCUGAUACAUGCUUUGUGUCUGCUUUAGUUGUUCUAUUCUACUUCUGUCAGGACUUUUGCAAAGAUGCCCCUUCAUAGAGGCUCCAAACUGCUUCAGGUGGCCGACAAACCUCACAUGCACCAUUGUUUUAAAUAUUUCCAAAGCGUUAGAUUCACUCUAACUCUUCCCUGUUUCAGUUAUGCCAUAUCAUAUGCUAAUUUAGCAAAAUAUAGUUUUACUGAACAUAUCCAGUGCAUUGCCUUUGCUUUGCUUCCACAUUAUGUAGAGAAACGACAGGGUGCAAAAGUGUAUACACCCCUGUUAAAACACGAGCUAAAAAAGCAGGCUAUGAUGCAUCAUCUUUAACAAUUCAACUGAAUACAAUAAAAACUCAAUAAAACAAGUGAAAAAUAGCUGCAAUAACCUGGUUGGCUAAGGGUUUACACAGUUAAAGAGAUUCUGAGGUUAAUAUUGUCCCCACAUUUCUCGCUCAGAUUGUGAGGACAUCUCUCAUCCAGACCCCUCUUCAAGUGACCCCACAGAUGUUUUUGUCAGAAUUAGUUCUGGAUGCUGGCCAGGCCAUCCCACACAUUUUAUUUUCCUCUCAUGAAGCCAUUCUCAUAUGUAGAUUUAUUGCAUGCUCGACUCAAUGUGAUGCUGAAUAGUGAAAUCAGUUUUCAUCUUCAGCACACCUGACGGUUGAGGGUGAAAACGACUGUUUUUUUUAAACUGGUUAUAAUUUUAUUCAUCUGGACUACAUAUCUGAAGAAAUGAAAAACCCGGGUUGAUGCUGCCACCAUCGUUCCGCUGUCUGAUGAUAUGCUAAGUGUCUUUACUGUGCCAAAAAAAAAAAAAAAGAUUUUCAGAAAUGUGUCUGGACGUUCAACUUCUGUUUCAUCAGACUGUGACACAGGGUUCUGGGAUAUAUUAGCUGGGUCUCACUGCUUGCUUUGGAAGACAAAGGAGAAGAAAGAAAGAAAUCUUUAAUGGUUAUUGCAAUUGUACAUUCCAACAAAAUUUGUCUUCUGCAUUUACCCCAUCCCUUAGGGAGCGACCUGGAAUUAAGGGUUUUGCUCAGGGACCCAUAAUGACAGUGGAAGCGAGUCCCUGCAGCCUCCUCUGAACGCAAACAUGCUGCUCUAACAACUCAGGCUCCACUCCCCCCACAAGGCCUCUGAUUUAUAAUCACUCCUUCAUCAGAAUGUCCUGUAGACUGUAGGCAGUAUCAAGGACCAGUUUCUGUCUUGUCCUUUCAUCUGUCUGAUAAAACGUUUAGUUUUUUACAUUGUCAUGUUUCAUAGUUUCCCCAUUGUUGACUCUCUCCACUGUGCCAUAGUAUCUGUGUUGUCGAGGAAUUUCCAUAUCCUUCUACCUUGGUAGAGUGAGAUGCUUUUGAUCCUUUGUAACCUCUAAGACAACCAUAGCUUUAGCUCUGGGAUGCAAAUGUGAGGAAACUACUAGGACAGGUGAGUUUAAUGUCAGUGUGAUCAUGUUCAGUAUCACUGGCGGCAGAUGGAUCUCAAGUCUAAAAACAUUGAGUUAAAAGGCGGCUCAGCUAAGUAUUAGUUUAAGGUUGUGCAUAUUUUUUUUUUAAGGUUUUGCAGUCGGACCAUGCAGUUUGUACUGUAAGUGAUAUUAAAAGUGUAAAACGUUUGAAGGGAUUUAUCACAGAUUCAUUUUGAACACCAUCAAAUCUUGACCUUUUGAAACUGGUGUGUGUACUUUCUACUGCAUUUGGGCCAGUUUGGAGACAACUUCUAUCUAUUCAUACAUAAUAAGAUGCAGAUACAGAUUUUUUUUUUUAAAUUACACAAUUGUGUUUAAAAAAAAAAGAAAGAUCUGUGUAUACUGAGUGAGAGUGUCUCUAUCACUUUGUUUGGUCAUGAUCUUUUAUUUCUUUUUCUAAAUGUACUUGGACCUGAAGAUGUGUUUUGAAAACUUGAGCUUUCUGUGUAAUCUUUUCUUCCUGUAAAAGUCCAUUGUUUCUGCUGUGUUUUCCAUGUUGUCAGAAUUUCAAGGCAGCUAAAGCACAAAGUUCAGAUAGUGUCAUUAUUCUAAACAUCAGCCAGCUUUUUGUGAUGAAACAAAUAAAACGAUAUCCUUUGUCUACA